AUGUCUGACAGCAAAGUAUACCAUGCGAAGUGCUUGUGUUCGGAAGUCGAAUUCACUCUUACUGGAGACCCGUUCCAUUUCGUGGUAUGUCAUUGCCGCAAUUGCAAGCAAGUCAGUGGAUCUGCCUUCCUGGCAAAUACAAUGUUCAAACAUGCACAAUUGAAUGUAACCCGAGGCCAAGAAUUCAUCACGAAUUACGCAGAUAGUAACACUCUGAGCGGAAACACCAUCACACGUUCCUUCUGUUCGUCAUGCGGGUCAACGCUGUUCAUUAAGCCAGCAAAGGAUCAUGGAUUCUUUAUUACCCACCCAAGCCUUAUUGAAGAGGAUAUAUCAUGGGUUCCUAAUGCCGAGUCUUUCGCACAUGAGAGGCUUGCCUGGGUCAACGAUAUUACAUUGGACACUUGA